AUGACUGACGCAGGACGCAAGGAUCUCUCCUCCAAGAUCGGUGACAAAGCCCAGCCAGACUCCUCCAAGUCCACCCUCGACAAGGUCGGUGAGGGUCUCUCCGGCGCCGGCGACAAGGCCGCCCGUGACCUCGUCCCAGACAGCCAGAAGUCCACCACCCAGUCUCUCGGCGACAAGGCAUCCCGCAGCAAGGAUGACGCCAAGGACGAGUCCAUCCUCGACAAGGCCAAGAACGCCGUCGGCAUGAACAAAUAA